CCGAGUCCUAGCAUCGUGGGUUAUUCACUCGUUCCGCGUGUUUGGUGCGCGUCUCUUGCCAUGGUCAGUGCCACCUGGGCAGCGGGACCUGUGUGGCCUUGAGGAAUCUUCAUCGUCGACAUUACGAAGUACUGUGGUGGCUUCCACGGCCCGCAUUCUAAAAUAGGCGCACCGGCUUACCUAUGUCAUCAUGGUCGAUUUCGAUCCAAGUGGCCGCGAGUCGCGACAACGACGGCAUCGCGUACCCGCAUGUAGAUGUAGCACUGUCCCCUACGCGCGGCAGGUAUGCCAAUAUUUCCCCAACGACAUGCCGCUCGACGUAUUACAUCUCCCCUCCUCUCUCGCCCUUUCUCCCCAUAAGUAAACCUUGGAGAUCUCCCCAUUUGGAUACUACCUGUCGGCUAGCCGUACACUCCUCUCCACUCGUUCAUGCAUAUAGUUUAGCCGCUAUAGUGGUGAAGCAGAUCUGCCUGUGCAAAUUCACUUUCUAAGUCGCCGUCAAUACCUAUUCCCCGUGUCUUUCUCACCUACCCCUAUUGUCUGUACCAAUCUGCGAAUAAUUAUGUCGAGACGUCACUUGUACAACUCCUUAGACGGCCUUGUCAACAAGUGCCUUCGUGGACUCAUCGCCUACAACCCGGCCCUUGCUCUAGAUGAGCAGAGCAGGGUGGUGUUCAACACAGAGUACGACAGAUCAACCGUCUCCAUCAUCAGCGGCGGUGGUUCAGGCCACGAACCUGCGUGGUCAGGCUAUGUAGGCACCAACUUUCUGGCGGCCUCCGUGGCUGGCGACGUAUUCGCUUCCCCUAGCACCAAGCAGAUCCUGGCGGGCAUUGACACCGUACCAUCAGACAAGGGCACCAUUCUUGUGGUCACUAAUUACACGGGCGACUGCCUGCAUUUCGGCCUAGCCGCCGAGAAGGCCAAUGCUAAAGGACAGAAAUGCAAGAUGAUCAUCUGCGGUGACGAUGUUUCGGUCGGCAAAAAUGGGAGUCUUGUUGGACGCCGCGGUCUCGCAGGUCAAGUUGGUGUCCUUAAGGUGAUGGGGGGCGCUUCAGGCGCAGGCGGCUCUCUCGAUGAAGUGUACGAUCUUGGCGUGGCCUUUUCGCAGCAAAUCGUCUCAAUGGCCGUCACCUUGGAUCACUGCCACGUGCCCGGCCGGACUGAGCAUGCCCAGUCCAAAAUCGACGAAUUGGAGAUUGGAACUGGUCCCCAUAAUGAACCCGGCUACCAAACAAUAUCACCCGUACCUUCACCUGAAGACCUGGCGAAGGCCAUUCUGACUUAUCUACUGGACGAAUCUGACCCGCUACGCGGCUACGUCAGUUUCGAAAAGGGUGAUGAGACUAUACUCUUGGUGAGCAACUUUGGUGGCAUGUCUUUCCUUGAAAUGGGUGCAUUCGUAAACGAGCUAUUGGACCAGCUUGACGCAAAUUGGGGGAUUGUACCCGUGCGCGUGGUAUCAGGGUUAUUAGAGACCUCGCUCAACGCACCAGCCUUUUCUGUAUCCGUCGUAAACAUCUCUGCGGCCGCCAAGAACUGCUCAUAUUCUACGGACGAUAUCAAAGGAUUUUUCGAUGCCCGCACGAAUACGCACUGGGAAUCCUUGACGGGCUCUCAAGCAAGACGGCGUCCGCGAAAAGAGCAACUUGUACAGCCACCUCCCGCGCCGCGCCAUGUCAUCAACGACGCCACAGAUCUCAAGGUUGAUCCUACCCAGCUCGAUCGUAUGCUCCGCACCGCCUGUACCAAACUCAUCGAGGCCGAACCUGAUUUGACGCGGUGGGAUACCGUGAUGGGCGACGGCGACUGCGGCGAGACUCUCAAACAAGGCGCGCUUUACCUCCUGGAAGCAUUAGACGCUGGAGUUGCCAAGGAUGGGUCCGUUGGAGCUAUUCUGCAAGAGCUGGAGGAGAUUUUGGAAGGGAAGAUGGGUGGUACGCUGGGCGGUAUCCUCGGUAUCUUCGUCGUGUCACUGCGGGCGGCACUGGUUGACAGCUUUGCGCUGAAGACAGAAGACGGCGGGAUAUCAAAGUUGUGGGGUGUGGCGACACGUACUGCUCUUGACAAUUUAACCCGUUACACACCGGCAAAGGUUGGUGAUCGCACCGUUAUGGACACGCUGGUUCCGUUUGCCGAGGGCUUGGCUGCGAACGGAAGUUUCGACGAGGGCGUUGCUGCCGCCGUGGCCGGAGCCGAGAAAACCAAGACCCUCAAGCCGAGAUUAGGCCGAGCGACAUAUGUCGGUGCCGGACAAGACGCGAGUCACGACCUGCCUCCCGAUCCUGGUGCCUGGGGUGCCAUGGUUGUGAUCCAGGGUUUGCAGGCCGGGCUGAACCGUGGAACAUAGCGGGGAAGAAUGUGUUAAAUAUCAAUUAUAAUGUACAUACAACAAUGAUUUAUCAGCGAUGGCCCUUCCUUUAAAUAAACACGAAUUUCUUGAAAUAAGUUCACAUGGGCGACACAGCAUCCGGUCCACGACGGUAGGUAUUCGCAUAAUGCCUUCUUCUGUCGUAUUGAUGCAAAGAGUAGAUAAUACAUAUGUAAGGUUAUUAUUUCUUAUUAGAGGAACGUACACUAGCAAUGAUCAUUUCCCCGCUGCUUUACCUGCACUUCCUAACAUGUGC